AUGGGUGUUUUAAGUCUGAAAAUCGAAUUUUCUGGUGGUGCAGAAUCGUUGUUUGGCAUGCAGAAAGAAUUCGAUAUCCAAAUGCGAAAUGAUUCGGGACCGUUAUUUGUUAGCGAUUUGGUGCGACAUAUCAAUGUUAACUUAAUACCAGACAAAUCAAAGUCUCAUCUACUGGUGGAUAAAGAUGGCGAUGGUGUUCGACCUGGAAUAUUGGUGCUUGUUAAUGAAGUGGAUUGGGAUCUGUUGCAGGGGCCUAAAACGAUCUUGGAAGAUGGUGACGUCGUUUCAUUCAUCUCUACUCUGCAUGGCGGAUAA